AUGUCCUUUGCAGGGUUAAAAAUAGCCACUGCACCCAGACUGACUGAUUUCAAUAAAGUGUCCUUAACAUCAGUUCAGCUUCCCAAACAAGGAGAUUUAGAAUUCUGCUCCUGUGUUUUAUACCACUUGAAAUUAGAAGAUUUUUUUUUGUUUUCUUAUUUUAAGUUGUGACAUCUUAAAUUGCUAAAUUGCUUUUUUAUUCUGACGUACAUUUCUGUCUUUCAGUUCAGAAGAUAAAGUCACGGUGAAAUUUAUUAAUCGUGAUGGAAAUACCAUUGUUGCAGAUGGAAAAGUUGGAGAGUCGCUCCUUGACCUUGUUGUAGAAAAAAAUCUGGACAUUGAUGGUUUUGGUGAGAUAUCUUUGUUUUCUUUUUUGCCACACAAUGAUACAGAAGUAUAAGGAAGAAUGAGCCAGUGCUUUCCUAUGGGGAAUGUGAAGAAUAUGGACGUCCUCAUGCAAAGUGUGAAGACUAAGGUCUAGUGUCGUUUCAAGGAGUUAAACUCUGUGAAACUGCAGGAUGCACCUCUGGUGGACAGUCACUAGAGUAUCUUAACCCUGCAAUAUGACAUGUGCAUACACACAUAUACAGUUUCUAUCAGUAAGAUGAAGUGGUCUGGGUGCAUAUAAUGCAGGGCUUGACAAAUAGGAGCCAGUUUUUCUUUAAACUAACAAAGUUUCAUUUCAACACAAAAAAUGCAAUUCUUAAAGGUAAACUGUAGUCACUAGAACCACUACAGCUUAAUGUAGUUGUUCUGGUGUCUAUAGCCUGUCCCUGCAGGCUUUUCAAUGAAUACACUGACUUUUCAGAGAAAAGGCAUUGUUUAUAUUGCUGCCUUGUAACACCUCUAGCGGCAGUCAAACAGAUGGCCACAUAUUCUACAUGGAGGCACUGAGUAUUACCCAUAGAGAUGCAAUGCUUCAAUACAUCUCUCUCAGAAGAUGUUGAUUGGUGCAGCGCAGUGUUUUGCUGAGGGUAAAGCAUUGACCUAGCUGAGAUCAUAAAGACUGAUCUCCGUCAUGGAGGUUGGACUAGCUGGGGCAAAACACACAGCAUAGCAAAAAAGCGGAGUCAAAACACCCUUCUCAUGUGAUCUGCGGGGGGCAUGUACCUAAACACACACGCUCUGACGGGCGUGAGAGUACGGUCUGUCCCUGACUCUCUCUCACACACAUCAACACACAUUUUCUCUCUCUCACACACACUUCCAUUUUUAUUUUAAUUUUAGCCCUCCCAGCCUCCCUACUAUUGGGAGAGUUGGGUGGGUCUUUCCCUGGGGUCCAGUGGAGCUACUCUCUGAUCUUUCUGCCGUUCCUCUCUGCUUCCUUGCGCACUCUCUGUAGUGUUACCGGGCUAGAGUGAUGUCAUAUUCCUGCUCCCGGCAUCACUAAAGCCCUGCUAUUGUGUCCUUUAACCCCUUAGUGACCUCGGACAUAUUGGGUACGUCCGCGGCUAAUUGAAGCGCUAAUUAGAAUAAAAACUAUAGUAAUCAAAAAAGCCAUAAAUACUUUUUCCUGGGUAAGCAACAACAUUCAGUGCACUUCAUGGUUUUUCCAUUUAAUAUUUAUUUUAUUUAGGGUCCUCUUAUCUGAUUGUAUGUUACAAGAUCCUUCUCAUUAAUUUUUAAAAAGGUAAAUAAUUUUUAAUCGUGUGCACUUUAACAUUUUUUAGUUGUUUUGUGUGUGUGUGUGUGUGUGUGUGUGUGUGUAUAUCUUAUAUAUAAUGUUAUACUAAGUGAUUUUUAUAUUAAUAUAAAAAUACACUUAGAGUAAAAUUACACACACGUGUGUGUGUGUGUGUGUGUGUAUGUGUGUGUGUAUAUAAUAUAUAUAUAUUUUCUACGUGCAUAUUUAUGUAAUGUUUUUACAUAAUGAAGUAAUUUUAUUGAUUGCAAUUUGGGGGACCUACCUGACAAUCCAGGCAGAAAGACCAGAGAAUUUAAUUUCAAAACGGUAAAACAUAUCACAGCGGUGAUAUUGUCAGUGAUAGUGACGUUUUUUUUGCAUUUUUCACACACAAAUGGCACUUUCACUGAUGAUAUUGUUGUGAUACGUUUUACUGUUUUGAAACACUAAUAUUUGUGUUCACUGAAGUCUCCCGAGUAAAACAGUAUCCCCCAUGUACAGAUUUUAGAGUUUUGAAAGUUGCAGGGUCAAAUCUAAGGCUUGUGUGUUUUUUGUUUUUUUUUAAUUUGCCAGAUUGGUUAUGUUGCCUUUGAGAGCGUAUGGUAGCCCAGGAAUGAGAAUUACCCCCAUGAUGGCAUACCACUUGCAAAAGAAGACAACCCAAGUUAUUGCAAAUGGGGUAUGUCCAAUCUUUUUUAGUAGCCACUUAGUCACAAACACUGGCCAAAGUUGGCGUUUAUAAUAGUUUUUUGCAUUUUUAACACACAAAAUAAUAAAUACUAAUUUUGGCCAGUGUUUGUUACUAAAUGGCUACUAAAGCCAUGUAUGUGUGUAUGUAUAUAUAAUUUAAUUUUUUUUUUUUUUUUUAAAGCUAGAAUUUCUCGCUCUUAUGUAUUAGUCUACAUUCUUUAGAUCUGUAUGAUUGCUGAAAGCCAGGUGACAUUUAUUGAAACAUACAACAUCCUGGUAUUUAUAUUCUGUGUCUCUGGAUUAUUUUAUUGAAUGUCCUGACUUUCCUUCCUUUUCAGGUGCUUGUGAAGGUACUCUGGCUUGCUCUACUUGUCACCUCAUUUUUGAAGAUCCUGUAUUCCAGCAGUUGGACACUGUUACUGAUGAAGAAAUGGAUAUGCUGGACCUUGCCUACGGACUGACGGAAACGUAAGAUCGCUUUCAUUGCCCAUUCAAUAAUGCUGUCAAUCUCUAUGUAGAAUAUUCUCAUAAUGUGUUUCAGUUGUGUUGACACCAGUCUGUUGAACUUGUUUUGUUUGACCUGGAAAGCCUCUUUAACCCCUUAAGGACACAUGACAUGUGUGACAUGUCAUGAUUCCCUUUUAUUCCAGAAGUUUGGUCCUUAAGGGGUUAAAGGACCACUCUAGGCACCCAGACCACUUCAGCUUAAUGAAGAGGUCUGGGUGCCAGGUCCCUCUAGGACUAACCCUUUUUUUUUUUUUUUUUUAUAAACAUAGCAGUUUAGUAUGUUUAUGUUAGGGUUAAUCCAGCCUCCAAAUUCUCUAGUGGCUGUCUCAUUGACAGCUGCUAGAGGCGCUUGCGUGAUUCUCACUGUGAAAAUCAGUGAGAACACGCAAGCGUCCAUAGGAAAGCAUUGUAAAUGCUUUCCUAUGAGACCGGCUGAAUGUGCGCGCAGCUCUUGCCGUGCGUGCGCAUUCAGCCGAAAGGGAGAGGAGGAGGAGAGCUCCCUGUCCGGCGCUGGAAAAAAGGUAAGUUUUAACCCUUUCCUCCCCCAGAGCCGGGCGGGAGGGGGACCCUGAGGGUGGGGGCACCCUCAGGGCACUAUAGUGGUUCUUUAAACACUUUCUUUGUCUGACAUCCCCCUCCUAAUUCCUUUACUCCUCCGGAUUUUGAAAACCAACAUUGUAAAUUGAAUUAAAAAAAUAACAAUCCAUAAGUCAUAUAUACUUAGCUGUUGAAAGGAGUACAUAAUACUGUAUAAAAUGGGAAAAUAUGGCUUAAAACUUAUGAUGGUUUAUAUUAUGAAGUGUCAAGUAUUUUAGAACCUAGGAUUGUUUAGGUCAAAUUUGCAGCAUUAAUUUGACCCAUACAAAUAUGGUUACAUUUAUUGCUGCUGGAAAGUGUCAUUGGUAGCUGUCCUACUCAACCUGGAUUUCUUGGAAAUUAGUCUAAAUUGAAUUUGCUAAACGCGAUCUGCAAAUUACGCUUGAUUAAUGUUGGAAUUCACGACCUGCUCUUAGUAUUAAAUAUGCGUUACUUCUGGAUGCACACACUGCUGGGUAAAGUAAACAGAACAAGGAUUCACAAAAUCCCCCUAAUAAGCGGAAAGAGCCAAGAUUGUGUUCAUCACUGUAACUUCCUACCAACAAAUGAGCUGCAAUUGAGGUAAUCUUAUCGUUUGCAUACUCUGCUACUUCUAAUGUAUUAGUGAAUUUCUAAGAGUCCUAAAGAAACCAAAUAUUUUUCCCUUUUUAUAUUCUGUAUUUUUUAUUUUUUUGCCACGUGCAGCCCAUACAGGGUCGGGGUGGGGGGUGGGGGAGGGAGUUUAUAGAUCAUGUUCCUGUACUCACCGCUCAAUUCUCUGCCAUUUAGGGGUUAAAUCACUUUGUUUAUAAAGACUUAGUCACACUUCCCUGCAUGUGACUUGCAAAGCAUUCCUAAACACUUCCUGUAAAGACAUCUAAUGUUUAUACUUCCUUUAUUGCACACUCUGUUUUAAUUUAGACUUAAUCUUCUGCUUGGUUAAUAGCCUUCUAGACCCUGUAAAAGCCACCUGUGUGAUUCAAGUUCAGUUUACAGAGCAGGAGAUAAGAGUCUAAACCAAGUUAACAUCUGAUUGGAAAUGAAACCAUUUUUUUCACGUGUCACAGUCAGGGAAUGUGGGGCUAUGACUGCAUAAACAGAAACACAGGUGGUUUAACUCCUAAAUGGCAGAGAACUGAACAGUGAGACUGCAGAGGCAUGAUCUAUACACCAAACCGGCUUCAGUAAGCUGAAGUCCGUUAAAUAUCUAGAGUAUGUCACUCUGGAGUCUAAUUAUUCAAACUAUAAAUUAUUUUGAAUUUAGAUAAAAAUAUACUUGGGAAAUUCUCUAACUUGUCCAUGGGCAGAGAUUGGCUAUUUUAACCUACAUUUUGCAAUAUUUCCAUUUCACAACAAUGUGGUGUUUAAUCAUUAAAUCCUUCUGUGUAAUGAUGGCAUUCCGUGUUCCUGGAAUGUCAUUCUACACAUGUGAUUGACCUAUAUCUCAGUCCUUGCUACUGUUUAUGACUUGCCUUAUGUAUAGCUAUCCUCUUCAGAUAAGGAAUGUCUUACUGAGCUGUUAUCUGUCUCCUGCAACAAUAUAUGGUGCUUAAUGAUUUAGAAAAAAAAAAUAUGAACUUCAAGUAUGCCACACUUGCAUAGAAUGUUACCAAAGGUGAUUUGAUGUGUUGUAAUGCCUUUACCCUGCCUAUUUACUCCACCUGCCCCAUAGUUUUGUAUAUAAUUCACUGUCAUGUCUCUAUUCGAGCACAAAAUGCUUAUUGUUUGGACUCUGGGCAGCCCAGCCAUUCUUGUCAUUGUUGGCACAAUCAGAAAGACCAUUCUCGGCAUGUGACACCAAAGUACACAUUUCAAGAGCGAGUGAAAUUUUGGGCAAGAUACUAUUUCAGAGUGUUACAGAUUCCGUUCUUGCAGGGGGCCACAAAAUGUGGCACAGCGUGCAUAUGCAGAAUGCUAGGUAUAUUUUUCUUCCCAUAGAAGUCAUGUACAUUGUACUAGAAAUUGUGACAUUGCUUAGGGUGGGUUUUAGCCAGUGGUGUAGGUAGUGUAGGGCUGACAACUAAGAAAAUAAAACUGACUUCUUAAUUUGACGUGGUGUAGAUUACUUUGAAAGAGCAGCAAUAUCAAGCAGCUAUGGAAAUUAUUGAUCUAUUGAAGUGCUAGUUGCUCCCAUUUGUUGAACAAGUAGCCUGAAAUUAAUGAAUAAGUGGGGGGACAAAACACUUUCCUGGCAAUAUCCACUUUAAAACAUGUGUACAGGGUCAUUCACUAUUUAGUUUUGUUUUCUUUAUGAAGUCCCUGUUAAACAUUUAAUAUAUUUAUAUUUUUAGGUCAAGGUUGGGUUGCCAAAUCUGCCUACAGAAAUGGAUGAACGGAAUGACUGUCAAAGUGCCAGAGGCUGUUGCAGAUGUCAGGCAGACAGUGGACAUGGGCAAGAGUUAAUGAAACCGGUUAUAGCGUGGAAUGACCUCUAAAACAUUGACUUUUUUUUUUUUUAUAAUAAAUAAUAUCUUAAUCUUAUUUUUUAAUUUCACCAUAUAUCACAUAAUCUGUUUUGUUUGUUUUUCAGUUUGACGCAAUGUAAUCUGUGCAUAUGUCCCCAUGAUUUUAUGUAAUGCCGAUUGCUGACCUCAUAGUGCCUUUACAUGAGCCUGAAUAGAUGUAUCUAAUAAUGGACAGACUGCACUGCAGAAAGAGUCUGAAACGAUUACCUAUAAUAACCUAUUAGUGGAGCAAGCGCUUUACAGAUAUGAUGAGACCUAAUUUCUAGAUCUGGCUACGUCCGUUACAGUACAUACACAGCUCGCUGCUGCUAUUAGCAUUGCCACUAGGUGGUGGACACGUACUGUGCAUUGCAUUAGUAAAAGGGUAAUCUGCAGUCACUGUACGUAUUUAAUUUUAGAUAGAAGCUUCCCUUUUGGGGACUCGACACUCAGUCAUCUUGUAUCCAUGUUUAUGAUGCUAUCAUAAGCAAUUCAAAUGUUUUUAAUUCAUUUUUAAAGUUUGUAUUUAGUUGCUGCACAAAGUUUUAUAGGGGAUUAUUUAAAAAAAAAAAAAACCCGAGUUGGAAAGAAUUGACAACAUUAUGCAAUUAUCCAAUAUUUGUCAAAAUUGAAAACAAUGUGCAAAUACUGUUACUUGGCUAUUUUGGGCCUAAAUUUGCUAUACCCUUAAAUUUCUGUUUUAGCAAAAUAGACCAGACUUUUUUUAAAUUUGACUGUUUCAGUUGUUUACACAUUGUCAGUAUGUUGUCUCUGGUUACAAUUCUCAUAUUUUAGCUCCUUUAGAGCGCAUGUAACAUUAGAUUUGAUUAUAGUAAUGUAUUAAAUUCAUUUUAAACAAUUUUUUUGUUUAAAAAAUAUAUAAAUGUCUCUUCCUACUUUUUGUUAA